GAAGGAGUAAUGCUGCUCCCAUGUUGUUGUUUUGGUUGGUUAACUUUACACACAUAGCCGACUAACCAAGCCAGUGAUCCGGGAGCCAUGUCAGCGUGGCGGAGGCUGCAUGUGUUGGUGCGGCCGGCUCUCACCUGCAGCCGGCUCACACAGCAGCGCACCUGGCUGUGCUGCAGCCUGAGCACCGGUGCACCUCUCCGCAAUGACUUCUUCAAAGACCUGGAGGCCCAGCUGGCUGCUGUGAGGAAGAAGGCAGCGGAUGCUCUUCCGGGGAGCGGCUGGAGCCCCCUGGAGAUCAACCCAAAUCUUCCUCCGGAGAGGGCCGACAUCGUGAUCGUUGGAGGUGGUGUGGUGGGCUGGUCCAUCGCCUACUGGCUGAAGCAGAGGGAGAGGAUACGAGAAGGGGUGAAGGUUAUCGUGGUGGAGAAGGACCCGACGUACUCUCAGGCCUCCACGGUGCUGUCAGCCGGGGGGAUCCGCCAGCAGUUUUCCCUUCCCGAGAACAUCCACCUCUCCCUGGCGUCCGCGGACUUCAUGAGGAACAUCAAUGAACACCUCAGCGUGAUGAACGAAGACCCGGUGGAUCUGCAGUUCAACCAAUCAGGAUACCUAUUCCUGGCUAGUGAGGAGGUGGCUCACAUCAUGGAGGAGAACUACAGCACCCAGAGGCAAGCUGGAGCCAAAGUUUCACUUCUCUCUCCUACACAACUGAAGGAGAAAUUUCCCUGGAUUAACACAGAUGGUGUGGUGCUCGCUUCGUACGGGUUGGAGAACGAGGGCUGGUUUGAUCCCUGGACGCUGCUGAACGCCUUUAAAAGGAAGGCGAUGUCUAUGGGAGUCAUUCAGUGCUGCGGAGAAGUUACAGGUUUUAAACAUACAACAAUCAUGGUGAGAACCGGUGACGAUGAACAAGUGGGCAUCCGGAGAAUACAAUCUGUCAGAGUGCAGAUGCCUAACAGCUUGGAGUACCAGCCGGUUGAAUGCGCCAUUGUGGUGAACGCAGCUGGAGCCCAUUCUGGUAAAUUGGCAGAGAUGCUGGGAAUGGGCUUCGGUGCCAAAGACACCUUCGCUGGAGUUCCACUGCCCGUUGAGCCUCGGAAAAGGUAUGUGUACGUAGUCCACUGUCCUGAUGGUCCAGGUCUCGACACUCCCUUCCUGAUCGACUACUCUGGAGUUUACUUCAGAAGAGAGGGGUUAGGAGGGAACUACAUCGCUGGGAUGUCACCUGAGGAGGGGGAGGAGCCAGAUAUCAGCAAUCUAGAGGUGGAUCAUCAGUUUUUUGAGGAAAAGAUUUGGCCCAGCUUGGCCCAUCGUGUUCCUGCUUUUGAGAAACUAAAGGUGAGCAGUGCGUGGGCGGGUUUCUACGACUACAACACCUUCGACCAGAACGGCAUCAUCGGGAUUCACCCUCUGAUCAACAACAUGUACUUUGCCACCGGCUUCAGCGGCCACGGCCUGCAGCACUCGCCCGCGGUGGGUCGCGCUGUGGCAGAACUGAUCCUGGACGGGAACUUUAAAACGCUGGACUUGAGCAACUUCGGCUUCAAACGCAUUCUGACCCAGGAGCCAAUGUUGGAGAGGAACAUCGUUUAGAUGAGGACUCCCUGGACUCCUACCGUCCACACUCCUGCCAAAGCAAAGGAUCAUUCAGGUUUUCUACAACUGUGGGUCUUAUUUUAGUGUCUCCCCGUCACUAUAUAACAUUUUACUCAUCAUAUCAAUCGCUGAAACCUGGAAAUGGAGCCUCAUCGUGACAGUAAAGUCCAAAAAAGGCAUGAAACAGGAGCAGACAGUUCACUCCCUGUUUCCUACAGACUGUCAACAUUGUUUUUUAACCCUAAUCAACCUUUACUGAAUUGUUUUUUGUGACCAAACCGAACCAGAUCUUAACACAGCAGUGUGAUAACAGUGUUUUGGAAGACAAUUACAAAUUAUAACUAUAAUAAUAAUCUCUACGAUUACAAUAGGGCCUUUGCACUGUAUAGUGCUUGGGCCCUAAUAAUAUUAAACUUCAUUUCUGUAGCACCUUUCCAAACCAAAGUUAGAAGGUGAUUCACAUAAGACGGUAUACACCAUUUAAGUAAAAUAAAAUGAACAGAAUAACAUAGAGAAAAACACAAUAAAAAGUGUAAGUAUAAGCAUAAAUAGAUGAAACAUUUAUAAAUAAAACAACUGACUCAGCUGAUCUAAUACUGAGGGGGAGUUCAUCAGUGUUGGAACUACAACAGUAAAAGCAUCCUGUACAUUAUGUCAUCCUACCAGUGUAUGUGUUUUGUUUUGGAGCAUAAUUAUAAUUAUUAAAGUAUUUCUGAAGGGAAAAGGUUACACACGUUUGGGUGGAAAGGAACCAAACUGUUGACACACCCGUGAUACAGUAUAAACUGUAAUAAUUGUCAAAAUCUUGACUUCUACUCUCAGAUUUCCAUCGAACUUCGGUGUGUGUGUGUGUGUGUGUGUGCAGUUUUUAAACUUUAAUUGAAGCAACUGCAACCACGUUGUUUCCAGAUGAGUGUACAUCUUUGUAAUGCAUACUGUAAUAUUGUGUAAUGUAGUGCAAUGCAACAAAGCUGUUUUAUAGUCUGAAAAAUAACUGAACAUAAACCUCAAAGAUGUUUUUUUUAAUCACUUUACAUUGUAAUGUGUUUCUCUCCGGUACAUUUUAUAGUUAAGGAUCUUGUUAUUAUUGCAUAGUUAUUUUAGUCGAUUUGUGUUUCUCUGUUGAAUCAAUUUAGUUUGAUCAUUUCCGUGUUUCAUGGAAUCAAUCAAUGCAAAUAUAUUUUAUUAAUAAUAGUCAAGAUCUUUGUACAAAGUAUUGGCUUCAGUUGUGUUCAUUAAAGCAUUAUUUCCUUCU